ACAUGGCUGCGCCCAUGAGUAAAAGUGUGCUUUCGGGACCUGCUAAAGGGAUUCGUUCUCAGUUUCUUUUUCACUUUGCAAGCGAACAUAUAGAGUUUAAAAUACCGGAAUUGAAAUCAAUUGUAUCAUUGCUGGGUUUCGACAUCACCAUAAAUGAAGAGAAACUUGAAAAAAAAAAUCCAUUUCUGGUUGUUGAGUUGCCGUCAUUGGAACAUGCAAAGCGGAUCAUGAAUCGGACUGUCCUUGUCAAGUCACUGUACGAGCUGUGGGGACAGGGUUCAAACAAACAGGAGCUGUACAGCAACUUGAGGAAAUACCCCAUGGAACUAAGUAAACCUUAUUUGAUGGAGGACACUACAUUCAAAAUUGUGGUGGAUACCUUCAACAAGAAAAUGUUGCAGAAAGAAAUCCGAAAGAUUGAGGACAUCACUCUGGAGGCGGUCAGCUUUAAGGGCAAGGUCAACUUGAAGGACCCCACCCACACUUUCAGUCUCCUAGAGUACUAUGGCCCUGAGGGUUCACCCCCUCCAGACCAGCCCUACCUCAUGUUUUUUGGGAGAUGGAUUGCUAAUGGACAGAGAGACAAGAUACAGGCCUACCACUUACAGAAGAGGCAGUUUAUUGGGAACACCAGCAUGGACGCCUGUCUCUCCCUCAUCAUGGCCAACAUGGGGCUGGUCAAGGAAAACACCUUCAUCUUUGACCCCUUUGUGGGGACAGGUAGUCUGUUGGUGGCCAGCGCCCACUUUGGUGGCUACGUGAUGGGGACUGACAUUGACUACCUUCUGCUGCAUGCUCGGGGCAAGCCGAGCCGACACAACCAGACCAAGAGGGAUCCAGGGGAGAGUAUCCGAGCCAACCUUCGUCAGUACGGGUUCGAGAAGGCCUACAUUGAUGUGUUGGUGGGAGAUGCCUCGAAGCACAACCUGUGGAGGCAUCAGGGAAUGUUUGAUGCUAUCAUUACUGACCCUCCCUAUGGCAUCCGGGAACCAGCCAAGAAGAUCGGCAACAAUGAGAAGGAGAUCCCAGAGGAUGACAGGGAGAACCAUAUCCCCCAGCGCCAACAGUACCAGCUGUCGGAUAUAUUCAAGGAUCUUCUCAACUUCUCCGCUAAGUUUCUCCGUCUUCACGGUCGUCUAGUCUUCUGGUUCCCCACCAUUAGAACAGAGUACUCUGAUGCUAAUGUGCCACGACAUCCGAGCUUCCAGGUUGUCGCCAACUCCGAGCAAUGUCUGACAUCUCGCGUGGGCCGUAGACUCAUCACCAUGGAGAAAGUGCAGGAACUCCAGAUGGAGGAAGAUGACUUGGGAGCUUCGUAUGACGUGGACCACUUCGCUGGGGCCUCCUUCCGUGACAGAUAUUUCAGAUCAUUAUCCAGAGACACAUCACCAAACAGUCCGAGAAACCAAAGGAAAAACAUCAACAAAGCUGGUGAAGUGUGUGUAGAGAAUAGCAUUGACGCCUUGACAAUAUCUGUUGAACAGUCUGACAAUGGUGAGACGUCAUUAGAACCUGAAACAGCACCGGCACAUGACAGACUGGGUGAAGAGAAUUCAGUACACUCUGCAGGCACAUUACAGACUUGGUGAAGAGUGGGUGAGUGCAGUUUUACGCCGCACUCAGCAAUAUUCCAGCUAUAUGGCAGCAGUCUAUAAAUAAUCGAGUCUGGACCAGACAAUCCAGUGAUCAACAGUACGA